AUGGACGAGACCGACGCUGACAAGGUGCACUCCCCGUUGAUCGAAAGGAGACGCUCCAAGUCCUUGACCGACCUCUCCUCAGACUCCCGCCGAGUCCUCUCUGAACUCUCGUCUGGGGAUAUGAUCCUUGGCAGCGCCCCGCCCCGCCCGCCCCGGAGACGACAGAGGCCAGAGCUGCUGACCAGUCUGCCAGCGAGGAGUCUGCACACCCUCUCGCCCAUCCCUUCGUCGCCUGCCGCUUUCAGGCCCUCGCUCGAGCUGCCCAGGCCAGGGUAUGCGAGGAGCACGUCGCCAUCAGCAGAGUCAGUCGCGACCGUCACUCCUGCUCCAGAAUCCGAUCUGGAAUCGUCACAAGAGACUACUCUCGCCUCUUCCAUUCGGCAGGGUGUACGCGACAUGACCCUUGGCCAUUCACGGACCGGUUCCGCCUCCUCCGCGUCCAGACGGAUGGGCGCACUCUGCGACCUCGUCUCGGACCUCGACCUGACCCAAUCCUGGGGCACAUCGCCCGGCUCGUCCGGCACCCGCGUUCAAGGUAUCGAUUAUGCAGAGCCUUACAGAAACUCGUGCUACACCUCGUCCUCGUCCGAAGAGUCGUCCCUGGUCAGCCCGCCUCUCGUCGGGUCCCCUGUGCUGCGCCCCGUGACCGUCCGCAACGAUGGGCACGAGUCUGAAGACUUGGGUCUGUCCUACUUUGAACCCAAGCCGAUACCGCUCCCACCCAUCCCCGUCGAGGCGCCGAGCCCUACACCGCUCAGCCGCAGAACACCGUCCAAGAGUUCACUCCGCCAGAAACGCCUCGCCACCCCCGAACCUCCCCGGCCUGCCUCGCGCGGUCGGACAGAAGUCUUUGAUGUAGCCUGGUCGGGCUAUGGCAGGUGUCUCGAACCGUCUUCACCCAUCGCUUCCACCGCGCCAUCUGCAGACAAGACAUGGCGCUCUACCUUGGCAUCCGAGUCAACUUUCACGAGCGUGCUAAGCACACACGGCGCGGCCGAAGUCAAACGACAAGAAAUCAUGUGGGAAAUGUGCGAGACGGAAAAGGGCUUUGUCGACUCGAUGAAGAUGGUCCUUCGGCUCUUUGCUUCGCCCUUGAAAAUGCCACAGGGAAGGUGGAUAGAGGGCAUCCCCCAGAAAGCUACCGAGCUCUUUGACUAUCUACAAACGAUCGUGCAUGUCCACGCCGCACUCGUAAAGUCGCAAAAAGAUAUCACCAAAGACGGUGUCAUUGAUGUCACGGCAUUCAUCUCUGAUUUCAAGCCAUGGCUGUCGAGGUUGAGCGUACACGAGCCGUUCUUGUUGGAAUUUGAAGAGGUGAUCCGGUUGAUCGACACGCAUGCCAAGGAUGCAAACAGCGUCUUUGGAGAGUUUCUCAGGAUGCACACGGGGGCCGAGGUGCUGGGCUCCAUGACUCUGACGAGUAUGCUCCUGAAACCUAUACAGAGGUUGACCAAGUACCACUUGUUUUUAAAAAACCUCCUUGACGCCACACCCUACCCGCAUCCGGCUCACUACAGCCUCGUCUCCCUUCUCCAAGUCACCGAGGCAACCGUCACCAAAGUCCAAGCCUCCAAGGCCCGCGAAGAAGACCUUGAGUCGCUCAAAAUUCUCGCAUCCAGCGUUCACGGAUUGCCCGACGGGCUCAAACUCGCAGAGCGAGGCCGCAAAUUCCUGGGACACGGGACUGUACUCAAAGUCGUUCUGGGACAUGACGAGCUUCCCCCAAGCGGAAGAGUGGUGCAAAGCAGGAGCAGAUCAGAGAGCGUGCAUUCAUACAAUUCUGGCCGCAACUCGGUGACCUCUUCCGUCUCGUCCUCUGCUCCGUCAACAUCCAGUCCCUUCCCGUCUUCCGACUUUACCUCCUCGUACUUUGGUCCCUCCUCACGCUCAUCGGCAUUCUCAAUAUCCUCAUUCGGGUCGUCCUAUCUCGCGCCCUCGAGAUCAAAUUCUCUGACCGUGCCCAGAUCGUCUCCAAAGCUGCCUUCUCGCCCGCCCUCCGCUGCUUCCGUCUUCUCCCUCUCUAGGCCCGGAUCUGCCGCUUCCAUGCGAGGAGGUAGACUAUGCCGAAAGGAAGAGCCCUUGACGUUGCUGGUUUUCAACGACAUGGUGAUCCUGGCGCAGGCAGAAAAGGCAGGCGGUGUCUAUGGGAGACGGCGGGACAAGGGGUUCAAAGUAUGUGAGAAUGGGGCGGGGCGGGUAGUGGAAGUUAGAGACUUGAAGGGUUGGAAUGGACGCGACCAGGUGUUUAGCGUCACCAUCAUCCCAAACCAUUCCAACAACCCGAUCACUAUGACAUACUAUUUCCAACUACCCUCCGUCACCACCGCCUCCGCCCCUCAUCUGCGGCGAAAGCAUUCAUCUCGCAUGGACCUCUCGCAUCCCUCGCUGUGCACUGCUGAGGCGUUCAUCGAUAGUCUUUAUGCGGGGCUUGAGGUGGGGGGAGGAUGGAUAGCUGUACUGGGCAAUCCUUUUUUGAUUCUUACGAGACGCUUUAGGAUUCUGCCUCAAUCCAUCUGCAACCGCUAUGGUCUUGCGAUCGGGUCAACGUUCGCCCCUCUCGUGAGAUUCCUGAUCGUUCUCAUGUAUCCCAUAGCCAAACCCAUUGGCAUAGUGCUUCACUUUGUCCUCGGGGCCCACUCUGACCCAGUGACAUACCGCACAGCCGAGCUCAAGACAUUUGUCAGUCUGGGAGUCGAGGACAAGCUCGAAGAAGACGAGCUGGGACUCUUGGGCUCUGUGUUAGAGUUUUCUGGAAAGAUUGUCGAAGAUAUCAUGGCGAGUCAAGAAGAAAGAUCAAGCGGCACGGUCGUGGACAUGCUUACAAGACCGCAGACAUCGCAUGAGGACAUGUAUGCGCUCUCAGCGGAGAGGAUUGUCGACGGCGAGCUCGUCAAGGAGAUCCUCAAGAAAGGUUACAGCAGAAUCCCGGUAUACGAGCCUUCGUCUCGUGAUUCAGGUAACAUCACGAUCCGAGCUUUGGUAGGCUACGACUGGACGGAUUUGAAGCCAGUGUCAGAUCUCGUCACCCAAGCACUGCCACAAUGUUUCUUUGACCUCAACCUGAUUGAAGCCAUGUCUUAG